ACCGAAGUAGUGUUCUAACAUUCCAUACACCACAGCCUUCCUGCCGGGUGAGACGGGAAGUGGAAGAUUAGGCGGUGCAGUGGUAUGUAAUAAUCCCUGCAUGAUAUUCGGAAGCCGGGUUGUGGAGGUGUGGGAGAGAAUUUAUAUUCAAUAAGAAGCUCCGAGUCCGACCACCUCAUACAGCGACGAUGACUUGGAUGACCAGAGAUGCCAAUGACUGGGACUCUGAUUCCCCUGGCCUCGCCGUGCUCAUCUAUGAUAUCUUAUCUUUCCUUGGGUUCUUCUUCCUCCUGGCUGUACUACUCCCCGCUGCCUUUUCCAAGAAAAUCAAGCGAAGACGGACAUGGUUCAGUCUGAUCAUAUCUUGGAUGAUGUUCGCGUUCUCGUACCUAUGCCUUGUGGGCAAUCAAUCUGGUGGCGACGAACCUCACUUUGGGACUUGUCUUUUCCAAACAUUAUUGGUGUACUCUGUGCCUCCGCUAGUUGCGAGCACGGGGUUCUACUUCAUUCUAGACAUGUACUUAGAGCUUCGCAACACAAUCUUCAGAGGAUCAGACGUCUCCUCCGCCUAUCGUGAUUCGAUGGUCCUGACGCCUUGGGUGCUUUGGGUCUUGAUGAUCAUGACCACGGCAUUUCUCAUCAACGAUCCCACGCAAAUUUCCCGAGAAUCAACUGAUAUGUACUGUCAUAGCAACACCGGAGCACAACUUGCAGUUACGCUAUGUGUAACGUUCCCCUUGGCUGCCUCUUGCAUUCUCCUCGAAGUACUGAUGGCUCACUUACUAUAUCGCCAUUGGACCAUCUUCCGACGGUAUUGUGUCGAUAAAGCUAGUGACAGCCGCAGCGGACGGAUAUCCCUCUCGAUGAUAAUUCGCAUCUUUUGCUUCACAUCGGUCCCGCUAGCCGCGUUAGGACUGGCGUCGUUUGUAGCUGCACACCAGAUGGAAUCCAACGCCACCUGGAAUAUCCUCCUGGCAUCAUUGCCAAUUUUGGCUGCCCUGUCGUUUGGCACACAGAAGGAUAUCAUCCGAGCAUGGAUGUUCUGUUUUCCUUCUCGUCGAGAUACGAAGAAACAUAUCGAGACUCCGUCCUAUAGACAUCUUUCUUCCCCCAUCUUUAGUCCGCUACCUUCGCCAGGUCUAGGAGAAGAUUGGUCAAGUCGGCAGUCAAACGUUUUCCAGUACACUUUGCCCAUCUAUCAACACCAAAGCUUGUUAUCCAUCGAACGCAUACAAUCCCGGUGAUUGUUCGAGCUAGUGGACCCGAGCCUGAGCAAAUGUCGGUAUAUUUCGUUGCGGUGGAGAGAACUAUAUUUUAUACAUUACAUACAGCGCAUAUCAAUGAAGUACAGGCAGAUUUGUAUUUGGUC